AUGUCACUCGCAGGCGACUUCAUCGCCGAGCAUCCCGGUCCCAACGCCGAAUCCCAAUGGAACUAUGAGAAAAUUAGUAAAUGGAUUACUAUUCACGGAGGCGAGUAUGCGAGGGAAGUGGAUGAGUAUACGACGCAUUUGAUUGUGACUAUUAAGGAGUAUAAGAAGAAGGGGGCUCAGGUUCGCAAAGCAAUGGCUAUGGGGAAACGAUGCCAUAUAGUUGUCAUUGACUGGCUAGUCGAUUGUCUGACUUUAAAAACUAACAAGAAGAAGAAACUUGUCGUUACGGGAUAUACACUUGGUCGUGUAAUUCGUCGUUUACAUCAUACUGAAGAUCAGAAGAUUAAAUAUCGACAGAGAUUCGAGGAGAAUGUGAAAGCGAGUAAGGAAUUGUGUGAUGAUCGACUCAAUCAUGUUUAUGUCGAUCAGACGAAUUUCGAAUACAAAGUCGUCCUCACUCGUGUUCUUCUGCAUGGCAAAAACAAGAAUCAGAAAUAUACAGUCUACCUCUUCGAAUCCAAUGCUCAACCGCAUACCUACAUGGCUGGAGCAAAACUAACAACUGCGUAUCAAAGUCCCUCUUAUCUUCGAGAAGAUUGCCGUCCUAAAGUCUACGCUGACGCCUUCCUCGAUUUCAAAAAUAUCUUUAAAUCCAAAACCGGCAUCGAAUGGGACGACCGCUAUGAACCCCUCCCAGAAAAUCAUCCCGGAGAUCUAUUCCGAUUUCAAAGACCCACCUUAGGUCGACCAAUGGGCAUGCUACCUUCUUGGCGCAAAGCGCCCAGCUGGAAAGAUGCCGAAUCCGGUUCCAUACCCCACGAAACUGGAGUUGAUUCCUGCGGUGAGGAAAUCCAAGAUAGAGAUGAAGAAGCCGAAGACGAAAGCAGCGAAGUCGAGAAAAAAGAACGCGAGAAUGAGAGGAGAAGAGAGAGAAUGAUGAUGGUGGAGAGAACACGAGUGAUCGAGGAGAGAAAGAAAAAAGAGGAAUUCGAAUAUGAUAGUGAUAGUGAGGUGGAUGAUGAUGAGGCGUUCGAUGAGUUGAUGAGAGAUUCUGUGUCAGCUCCUGUUCCUACUCAUCGUCACGCACAUCUUGCGCAGCUUCCUAGACCGCAAAAUGGGAGGGAUAUGCAGAAGGAAAAUGUAAUCGUUAUAUCGGAUUCAGGCACGGAGACGAAUAGUAGUGAUCCGAAUACUGAGGAUGAGGAAAUGGAAAAUCCAACUUCUCCUCCCAGAACUCCCAGAACUCCUAUCGCAAACCGCAUCUCGCAUGCAAGACCCACGUUUUCCACCUCGGGAAACUCUGUCGACAAUGCUAUUAUUUUAUGA